AUGUACGCGUCUCAGCCGUCGCCCGUGAGCAGCAUCUUAGCUCCCAUGCCCUCCAAUGUCCUGCCGAAUUCGUUCUGGAGCUACGUCCACACCGGACCACCGCCCCAAGCUAUCCGCCCAACGACGAUGAAAGAACCUGGCGUUACAUGUACAAACCUCAUUCCACGCAUUGGCGGACAGAACACUGUGAAAAUAUUACCCAAGAGCAGCGACAGUAGACCAUCUGCGAGAGCGAUUUCACGUAAACAAAACAAACCGGAGACAGAGAAACGACGGCGGCAACGGAUCAACCGUGCAUUGGAACAAUUAAAGCAUUUGGUUACCGACAAGCCAGGCCUCGCAAAGUCUGGGUUUGAAAAGAUCGAGAAGGCGGAUAUUUUGGAGCGUGCCGUCGGGUUUAUCAGGGAGGCGGUCGUAGGCAACACUGAUCAAUCUCGGCAGUCCGUGGGUGUGUCCAAAUCCUCACUGUCCACAGAUCUGGCCAGAAUGUUCCUCUACGGGUUCGUCUCUUGUGAAUCAAACAUACUACAGAUUUGUAACAAUCUCCUGAACAGUGUUCAGUGCAACGGUUCUCAACCCCUAUUGGCUGAGAUCUUUUCCAAAAUGCUAGCUGAGUUGAUAAAGAGAAGAGCAGAAGCACUGGUUAGGUUUGCUGAAUCGCCCGCGAGUCUUGUGUGUGUUAUCCCACCCACAACUCUAACAAACAACCCCUCUAUUAGCUCACCACCGUCUACAGAUUUCGCGCCCGGAAUAAGCCCUCAACAACUGACUCCUGAUAGUGGUCUGGCAAUGCAUUGGAACUCUUCUCCGACUCUCAAUCCAGUUGAAAAUUCCUGUCAGUCACCCAUGCCCAUUGAUUGGUCUUUAAACUCCAUGGAACGUGUUCAAAGGACUGGAUCGUCAUCGCAACACGCUGGGGUUUGGCGCCCAUGGUGA